CAAAUAUAUGACUGCGCAUGCGUUUGUGUACAGCAUUCCAAAAUGUCUGCGCUGGUGAAUUUUUACAUGAUGUAGUACUAUUUACUUCACUUACCUAACACACCAACAGAGGCAUAUCCAACAUUUCUUGUGAUAGAACCUGAUGGCUAUGGUUGUUGAGUGUACACCACUAAGUGGUUACUGUGAAUACACAAAGAAAAAAUUCACCAUGGAUGCUGGCUAUGAUGAGUGUGACAGUCCAAUCAACACAAGUAAGGGUGAAGAUGACGGUCAGUCCGACAGGGCUGUGACCAGUAGAAACAAACGUCCAAUGAGUGCCCUUGCCCGGGGGGUUCAGAUCACAGAGUUUGAUGACAACAAGGUCAACCCAACGCCACAUUUUUUAGAAGAAGCAGACAUCUUACUGGAGCAGUAUUUAAGUCCUGGAAAAUUACAAAUGUUGACUGGUGUGGACAAUUUAGAACAAGUGAGGUCAUUGGAGUUGAAGGUCAAUUCCUGUGAAACUAGUCUUGGAAAUUUUGGUUCACUUCUACCAAACUUAACAGAACUGAAGCUGAGUGGAAGUAAUAUAGCUAGUGUCAGAGAUUUAGGUUCCUCGCUGAGAACUUUGCGUGUUCUUUGGUUAACACGGUGUGGACUGGAAGAGUUAGACGGCAUCUCCUCGAUGUUAAACUUAAGGGAGCUCUACAUGGAGUAUAAUGAGAUCUCGGACUUGAGUCCACUUUCAAUGUUGGAGGAAAUUGAAACUCUGGAUCUUGAAGGAAAUAAUAUAGAUGACCUUGUCCAAGUUCAAUAUCUGUCGCUGUGCCCAAAGUUGAAAAAUUUGGCUCUUGAUGGCAAUCCAAUUUGUGCAUGUCCGUCACCAAAUAAUGAAGAGUCCCCAGAUUACAAUUACAGGGAGACUAUCAUGAAAAUACUUCCUAAUCUAUUAAUACUUGAUGAUGAACCCGUGGAUGGCUGUGAUUCUGCCAUGAUCAAGCACAAUGUCUUUGAUGAUGAUUGGGCCUACUUAGAAGAGCUUCAGAAAGAUGCAUUUUUGCAGGAGGAGUUUGCCAAAUCUGACAGUCCUGAAGAACUGGGGGCUGUAGGUGGAGAACGUCCAGCUACAGCUGCCUUGCAACCAGCUACUUCCUACAGGCCUGGUUCUGCUCUUCGCCCUUCUUCUGGGUUUCGUCCUCUAUCAGCUUCGAAGCGGCCAGCGAGUAUGAGUGGACCCGCCACACCAAGGCCAACAACUGCUGCUGCUCAGAGACCUGUGUCAAGUGAUGCUGUGGAAAGUAUAGAAGCUGCGAGUGAAUUAACUAUGGGUAAUGUGAUUUGUGGAAACCCUUCAAAAGCUCUGAGACAAAGGCGAAACCACGGGCCUGGAUCUAAAGAAGAAAUUAGAAGAGGAUUGAAUAAACUUUUACAAAAGGGAGCAGCAGUGAAUCAGAAGUCUAGUGAUGAAACCGAUCCAGAGAAAUUAGAAGAUGAAAUGGCAAGUAUAUUAGAGGAAUUACAGCAAUGGAAGGUGGAACAUGAGAAACGAAUGGAAGCCAUUUUAAAGACCAAAGAGGCACAGGUGCUUGUUGUGGACCAUGAUGACCCAGCAAACAGUUCUGAUGAUGAAGAUGAUCCGGAUGAGUUUCUGACAUCCAAGCCGUAUCACACGGCCGACUUGCUACUAAGGUCAAGCAAGGAUGUUAACUCUGGCGGUGACACCAUGGAGAGGUCACCUUCCAAAGAAGAAGCUGGCGCAAGAGCCAGCUCCUACAAGAAAAUAGACUUAACUCAUGUUGACAGCUCAGAGAGGCUGUGGGGAUCUGGUGGUGACCUGAUGACCGAAACAGAUGACGCCGAUGAUGAUCACUUCUGGUCAGCUGAUCAAAGUUACAGAAACUCGUCUCUUUUGGAUUCCCCCAGUGCCACUCCUGCUCAAAUUAUCAAUACCCUGAGGUCGAGACAAGUAGAAAGUCAGUCUUCACCAAGACACAGAAAGCUAAGAGUCGGACCAACUGGACUUCCUCUCUCCUCACAAAGUCAACAGCCAGUCAUCAGGAACAGUAUAGCACCACCAGCCUCCAGAGCUGGUUUGAUAUCAACAGCUCGCCCACUGAGCUCAAAAACAAACCUUCUGCCCUCUCAGCCCAGAAUUCCUAAAGUUCUACCAGAGCUCCAAAACUUUGUGCCACACCCGCCUAACAAUUCAUAGUAGUUCAUUCAUUGUUGUGUAGAUUUAAUUGCAGGUGACACUGCUGGUUCUGUGCUGUUUUGUCACCCAUACUUGAAAUCUGAAAAGGGAGGGCCAUGUGUAAAUAAUCAUAAACAUCAUUUCACUUAAUUAUUUAUAUAUAAAAUGAAAUUUUUUAAACUGCUGAAUUUUUGUUUUUUUUUUUGUUGUUCCUUCAGAAAGGAUUAGUUCAACCUAGCCCUAAACUCCUGCAAUAAGGUGGAUGUCCAUGAUUUGGGGUUUGAACGUGGACCAUUUAGCACAUAUUUCUUCAUAUUUCUUACCACAAGACCAGGGAUUUUUUUUCAAAUUUGAUUACAUCUAUUCUUCUUCUUUUUUCUGCAUUCUUAGUUAUUAUGUUGGAGGUUUUAGGUAACUAGUCCAAUAUCUGAGAUGAACUGAAUAGUAGUUUCUUGAUUAAGCUGCUCUCCAUAAGUUUUUCUUCUUAAGGGGCCAUUGUUCUGUUCAUGCCUCUCAAGUUAGAAUGCAGUUUUGAUGGACAUGGUCAGCAUUCUCUUGCAACAUUCCACUAGUCCCAAUUUUCAUCUUCUGGAACAUAUUUUAUCUUAUUCCUUAAAUCUGCUGAAAAGGACUCGUUAGUAUCAAACAUAUGCCAACAAUUAUUAUGAGCUCCAUAAAAAGUUAGACAUUUUAGGUCUGCUUUCUGUUCUUGGUUAUAGAUAUUAAUUUACUGUCUUGUUUACUCAAACAAUAUCACUAACAAAUAUUUUAUAUCUGAUCGGUAGUUUUAAUUAUACAGAUUUGCCCUUUUUUUUUUUCAGAUCUUUCUGUAGGGUGCUUUUUUUUUGUUGGUCUUUAAAUGAAGCAAGCAGUUUAUUUUGUCAAAUUUGAGGCUUACUUCAGAGUUAAGUUUAGGCAAAAAUCUAUUUUGACGAAACUUUGAUGUCAAUUAUUUAGAAUAGCAGUGUAGGAAUAUAUUUUUGCAUUAGGAAAAUAUUUCAUUUUAAAGUUUAUUACAUUUUUCACCUUUUUCUAAAAUAAAGGAUAAUAAGGCAUCACCAUUUCAGAGAUACAACAUUUUAUUUGCUUCUGUUUCUAUCGAAACAAAACUGAAGCAGUACAAAUAAAGUGUUCUGUAGAAUAAAUUGUGUAAUUUUUAUGAUGCAUGAUUAUGCAUUGAAAGUCUUAUCAGUGAUCCAUCCAAACACAUUUUGAAUUUGAAUGCUAUGAGCUGUCACUCGAAGUAAACAGCUGGAGAAAAAGAGGCUAGUUUUUGAGCUAGCGUUUGUAAAAAUAGAAGGCGCAAUGUGAUAUUACAGUUUAUUAAUAUAUAUUUUUGAAAGUACCGACUGUGAUAUAUGUUGUCAGCUGUGUAUUAACAGUCUUGAUGGAGUUUUUAAAAUAUGAGUAUCUUCUUCAUUUAAACUACUGGUGUUUCUUCAAAAAGAAGAUAAUUAUGUCACAAACAUUAAUUCUAAUUUCUAUGAAAUUUAUAAAAUAAUAUAACAAUUUUAGUUUUAGACCAUGUGUAUGUAUACAUGAUUGCUUGAUCUAUAGGUUACAGUCUACUCGUUAGUCUAUUAGUUAAUAAAUGGGCAGUAUUUAUAUAAUCUGCUAUUAUUUCUAAAAUUAAUACUGGAAUGAAAGGCUUUCACUUUGUUCUGAAGCCAGUUGGUUUGCUGGGGCAGCACAAGAGAUCUGUCGAUCAGCUGCCUCCAUUCUCUAUGUUUCUGCUAUCCUAUGGGUUUAGUUUUUUUAAUAGAAUCAGUUGCAUCAUUUAAAGUAUAUUUUAUUUAUAUUUUGAAUAUCUGUACCAUGUAAAAAGAGAUUCCAGGAGAUCCAGAUAUGUCUACAAUGUCUAGUUUGUGUACAUUCUUCAAAAGUAAAUGAAAAGUCUCUUAUAACUAUCAAAAUUUUGUUACUUUUAAAUCUAUUUCCAAUUUAACUCAAAUGCCAUUGAUUAUUUAAAAUCUAGCAAUCUAAACAUAUUAGUGUGUUUUGACUACAUUCUAGUAGUGUCAGAAGUGAAUGCGUCAACUAGAAAUAGUGUUAAAAUAGUUUAUGGUAGAUUUGUCUUUGUAUAUUGUGUUUCCUCAAUGAAGGGAAAUGUCUAUUUUUUUUUUAAAUUCAGUUUACUAAAUAAAUAUUUAGCAGAAUUAUGUUAUACAUAUUUCUUAUUUUAUUUUUUCUUUCAGAUUUUUUUUUUGUAUUUUGGAUAUUGUAAGCACUAAUUAGUGCUAAAUAUUAUACAAAAGUUAUAUUAAUAUAUUCUAAGUUUUUUUUUUUGGUUUAAAUUAAAUUGCAUACAAGUAUUUGAGAAAUAUUUAGUAUCGCAAAGACAAUUCAAUAAAACAUUGAAAUUAAGGAAGCAACAAGUUAAUUUCAAAAACAUCUACAUGUUAAGUGUAAAAUAAAUUGUGUAUGUCCUUCAAACUGUUUUAGUGAACCAAUGGUAACUGUUUGAUGUUCCACAUAUAGAUCUAUGUAUUGUUUGUCUUUUAAUAGAUGUUAUUGUUUUUAAAGAUUUUUUAUUUCAUUCUACACAAAUAUUGAUUACGGUGAUGUCUGUCUUGUGAAAAAAAAAAUCUAAAGUUAUAUAAUUUAGUAUUAUAUUGUUAUAAUUUAUCCAAUGUUUGGCUAAUAUAAAAUGUACAUGUGUCAUAGAAAGCUUCCUAGAUUAGUUCUUUAGUUGUUGUUUACAGAAUCUCAAAUUAAAAAAUAAAAGCCUCUAUAGAAAUCUUAGACAAAAUCCAUACUGAAAUACAAAACACUAUUGUUUUUACUUUGGGGUGAUAUAUGAAGCUUGGGGACAUUUUUUAAUUUGAUCUACUUAAAUAAAAAUGAAGGAACCUAUUAAUAUCAUUAAGUCAACAUGACAUUGAGCAAGGUACAAAGAAAAACAAAAAAAUUAAUUGCGUAUCAUGUUGAUCUGAUAAAAUCAAAACAUGUUUUAUGACAUUAAAAAACCUUCUUUACCCAAAUGUCAGGCUUUUCUAGUUGCAUUUUUUGAUCAAAAUCUUUCUCAAGUAAUUUUUGUUACAGCAUUAAUAAAAAUUCUAAAUUAUCAUUAGAAACUUACUCAAGGUAUAUUUGUUGAUGAGUAUUCAAACUGUAUUUGUAUAUAGAUAGAUUUGCAAUUACCCUGUUGACAGCUGGAUUUCUUUUCUUUUUUUUAACAAAUUGUUGAAAACAUUUUCUAUUUAUUGAUCUAUAUAUUUAGAUUUAUUCUCUUUGGAGACUGUACAGUGCAUUUGCUUCAACACUUGUUUUAUAUUUUGAAAAAUAAUAAAUGUUGCCAUAAUAUUUUCUACAUUUGUACAUUCUACCUUGUUAUGAUUCAACUUCAAUAACAUUUUUGUUUGUGAUCAGAAAAUGUUACUUUUGGUAUUUUCUAUUCUGCCUGAAACUUCAUUCUGUAACUCAUCACAUACACACACAAAAAACUGUAUUCCGUUGUGACAAAUUGAAACAAAUGUAUUAAAAAACUUAAGUGAGA